UUCCCGCCAUUUUCCAGUCCUGUUUAUUACAACUAUAUUUGACGCGUUAUCGCGUCGUGUUAUCGUAUUUUUUGUGUUCUUUGUGAUCUUAUAUUUUAUAUUUUUUAUAAAUUUUCGAAUUAUAAUUUUAUUCUAAUCAUCAAUAAAUCAUGUAAAGAAGUUAAAUUACGUUUCUGUCCAAAAAUAGAGUUGACAUUUCAUGUGCCAUAUUUAACUAAUUAUCAAGAAAAAUAUAAAUUAUAAUCAUAUCUUUGAAUGAAAAUUUUUUUAUUAUAUUGAAAGAAAUGAAUACUCCAACUACUAGAGAUUUCUUGCGAAGACCAGAUGGAACACGUAGAAGAUCUUCUCGUCAAGCUUUAGCAGUAAUUCCCGUCAACAAUUCUGCUUCACCUGGAGAAGCAAUUUCUACUGAAGUUAAUGCAAUGGAUAAUUUUUUAAAUAGUCGUCAUGGUUCUGAAUCUUGGAGUCCUGCACCUAGUCCUGAUGAACUCGUAAUUCAAAAACGAGGGCGUCGUCGUAGAACUAUAGUUUGGUCUCCUGAUCUUGAUACUUGUAAAAGGAAUAGUCUUUUUAGCUCAAGUUCUAAAGAUCGUACUCCAGUGAAAAGUCCAUCAAAAUCAACUAUGAUAUUGAGAAGUACACCUAGAAAGAGACUUUCUCUUGCUGAUAACAGUGAAUCUCAAUUUACGACACCAGACAAAAAGAAAAAGUUACAAAACUUAUUAGAUACUAAUAAUUCACAAAAAUAUUUUACUGGCAAUUUAUUAAAUGGUUUGAGAGGUCUUAGCCAUAAUCAAUUAGUACACAUGAUUAUGGAUUUAGUGUCUAUGCAAGAGGACGGUCUUUUACACAACAAUGAUAAAAUACGGAAUAUUUUAUUGAAAAAAAUGCCAAUGGCUGAUAUUCAAUCAUUGAUUGAUAUAUUAAAUAAUUUAAAGCAAAAUAUACAAGCUAGCAUUGGAUUUUCUGAUUUGAAUGGUUUAUCUAAUAUUCAUUUAGAUGCCUUUCAUAAAGCAAUUAUAGAUCAAGGGAAAAGACUUGUAGAAUCACAGCAUUGGAUAUCAGUAAUGCAUUAUGUAUAUGCAGCAUGGAAUAUUACAAAGCAACUAAAUGAAAAAGAACAUCAAAAUAUAUGCAAUUUGACACAUAAAUGUUUUAAAAAUUUGACGCAUUUUUGUUCUCAAGCUUUGAAAAAAGGAAAUUUUACAAGUACUGUAUUGGAUAUGUUUGCUGACAGGCUUGAUGCAAUGGUUGAAGAUUAUGAGGACUUAAAAGUUUGUUUACAGUUGAUAAACGAAGUAAAAAACAACGAAACCUAAAUAUUUUUUCUACAUCGUUUUCAAUAACAAAAAACUAUAUAUAAACAUUAUUUCUAUACAUACAUAUAUAUACAUAUAUAUAUACAUAUAUAUAUAUAUAUAUAUAUUUUUAAUAUAUACAUAAAUUUUAAUUCUCAUUGUAAUAUAAAGACUUUACUGGAGUCUUGAUCAUUAUUAGGUAGACUAUAUCUUUUUUACUAUUUUUUUUUUUUUUUUAUAAUUCAAUCAUAUAAUGAGAGAUUCAUAUGGACCGGUAUUAGUAGUAGCUUUAAGAAUAUUUAAAAUUUUCAAAUGAUAUUUUUAUAUUAUGUUCGUAUUAAAUAUUUUGAGAUAUUUGACAUUUUAUAAUCUUUGCAAUUAUAAUUUAUGUUAUGUUAAUGAAAAACGUCAUUUAAAAAGGACAUUGUUAUCAAGCUAGGGUAACUUAUAUAUUUCAAACGUGAUCGUUAAAUUCAUUUGUAUUAUUUAUGAUUCAUUUGCGAUAGAUAUGUUUUUUUAAGAUAUUUAUAAAAUUUUAACUUUUUUUUUUUAAAUAUAUCUUAUAUGUAUUUUGUUAAAAAUACUUAGGGACCAUACUUAUCUUAUUGAUACAAUUUCUUGUCUAUGUUUUUUUUCAUGACAAUUAUAUAUACAUAUAUAAAAACAUACAGACAAAUUGAUUUUUAUUAAAAACAAUUUAUUCGUCAUAAUAUAUCAUGCAUUCUUACAUAAUAUACCAUUAUUACUUCUGAAAGGCACAUACUUCAUUUACGUGUGUGUAUGUGUGUGUACACGCGUGAGUGCGUGCUUAUGUAGGAGUGGAUGCGUGUAAAUGUCAGAAACAUUCUGAGAAUCGAAUAAAAUUCUUUCUUUUUUCUAGAAUUAAUUCAAUUACUGUUUUUUCAGACAGUAUAACAAUGAUCUUAUGAAUAUUUGUAAUCAGAUCAUUCGAAUUUUUCCUAGACAAUAAUUAAUUAAUUAAUAUCUAUGUUUAAUGUAUCAAGUUUUAAAUUGAUUACUCAGAGAUUCUCGAAUCGCAUUGAUUUGUUGUUGAUUACGCCUCAAAUAACAAAAGAAAUAUUGGAUAUGGUCAUAUCGGACCAUCGAAAUUUUUUUUAAUUUCUUCCGUGUUCGCAAGCGUAAGAUUAUUAAUUUUCUUUCUUAUAACGGAUCAUUUAAAAAGUGCGUAUUGGCAAGAUUACAUUAUACACAAUUCUUAGGAACAUUUUCAAAAUCCGAAUUCUUUUUGAUCGGAUUUGGAAAAUUUCAUUAGACGAAUAAAAACAUAACAAUGAACGCAACAAUAAUCUGACUUCAUCUAAAUAAAAACAUUUAGGUGAAACAAACCAAACGCGUUUUAAGUAUGUCUAUGCAGUUCAUAUAGAACGUUUUAUGUUCUAUGGUAAUAUGCGUAAAAUAAAAGUUUAACGAGAUUGAAAAAUCGUUCAAAAAGUUUUUUUCUCGCCGAGUCUCGAAAAAAACGAAAAUGGAAAUGAAAAAUGGAUAUUUCAAUGAAAAUAUUUCUUCAUCUUAAAAAAAAAAAAAAGUGUUGCCAAUUUUUGCUAUUUUCAAAUAAUUACAAUUGUUUUUUAAACAAUAAAAAAAGUUUGCGUUUAUUGAAAAUAAAUAAAAUUAUAUUAAUUAUUCUCAAUCGGACGUUCUUAAUCGAGACUUGGUUAGGAUGAACCUAAGAAAAAACUUUUUAAAUGAUGUUCAUCACGGCGCAAUACUUAGACGAUGCAUAUUAAAACGUAAAUAUUUCAAUUAUUGACUAUGCGGCCGUUGAGCUAAAAGUGGAAUCACGGGUAAAAAUAUUAAAAUUUUAUUUUUGUAUUGAAUUAUUUUUCAAUUGAAGGAAUUAGUUAGAAUCACUAUAAUCAAGAUUAUAUCAUCCUUCGAGUUAUAUUUUAAUUUAAAAGAGAAAGAAAAGGUAAGAGUCGAAAAAAAAUAAGAACAGUUACGCAUGUAUAGGAUGUAGUUUAUCAUUUUUUCGCUUUUUUUAUCUAAUUAUAUUUUAAUUGUUUGUUUAUUAUUCGUUUUUUAUUGUUUAUUAUUCGUUAUUUAUUGUUUGUUUGUUAUUCAUUUUCGUGAUUCACCCAUGAUCCGGACUUAUUAGCUAUAUU